ACUUAAAGUAGACAACGUCUUCUUUCUUUUCCUCCUCUCUCUUUUCCUUUCUUUCAAAAUAUAUUCUCAUUAUUCCAAUCUACAUUCGACAUCUACAGAAUCGCCUUAUCUCUACAAUCACCAUGAGCUGGCAAAAAACCGUCCUCACCCCCGGCAACGGCACUGAUAUGCCCGCAGUCGGCGCCAACGUCAAGAUCGACUAUACCGGCUGGCUCAGAGACCCCAGCAACCCAGACCACGAGAAGGGAAAGGAAUUCGACUCCUCCAAGGGCCGCGGUCCAUUGGCUACACCUAUCGGCAGAGGUCGGGUUAUCAAGGGUUGGGAUGAGGGUGUUUUGUCCAUGACUCUCGGUGAAGAGGCCAUUUUGACCAUUGACUCGAGCUACGCCUACGGUGACAGGGGUUUCCCAGGAGUUAUUCCUCCCAAGUCCGACUUGAUCUUCCAAGUCAAACUGAUCGAAAUCAACGGCAAGCGAGCGUAAACUUCAGAAGAAAAAAAGAGGUAUGAGGGAAUGAAUGGUCUGAAAAGUUAGGAUGAAAUUGGACUAUUCGCGUGAACGACUUCCAUGGAUCAUGGAAAUGAGAACGAGAACGAGACGACCAUCUUAUAUCCUAUUAAACGAUCCUAUAUAGGGAAGAAAGAAAUUUGAUUAAAUUUCUUUGAUAGAUCUGUCA